CCUCCCCUGCCGUAAACACCUUUGAAUGAGGCACAAGUGGCCACCAAUAUAUUACUGAUUUUGUGAAAACUAAAUCUGCUAUGGCGGCUCUGCUGAAGAAGAGAGCACUGGCAGAAUACUGCCAGACUAUUGUGUGCAACGCCAGAGUUUCUGUAAGAGACAUGAGGGACCUAACCAGCAGCUAUAUUCCUGAAGUUAUCUCGCUUCCUCUUGAUCAAAUUUCCACUUCCCAGGCACAAUGAUCUGUUAGAGGAGGCUCCAAAACCAGCUAAGCGGUUGCAGUUAGUACGACGCACCCGUACAAUUGACCACAUCGAGUUUAGUGUUUCAUCAUUGGAUACAACAGAUCCACAACAACUUCUCCCAGUACUAGUGAACCUUCAUCAUUCUCUCCCCAUUUCUGGUGAGGCUCAGAGUGAAGCAGUGCAAGGACUGAUGAAGUUGGUUCAAAAUGACUCCCAUCCUCCUAUCAUCACCACCAAAGUGCUUUCUCUCCUGGCCAACAUCAUCACUACACAUGCACAGGCACAGCCUGUUUUUGAAGAAGUAUUAGGUGUGACCCGUAGAAACAAGUCUCAGAAAGUGAUUGCACAAGGGGUUCAAACUGCCUGUGCCUUGUCUCAGUGUAUUCCCCAAGACCCUAAGUUACAGGACCAAGUUAUCCAAUUAGCACUUUCGCAGUUAAGCAACUCAAGCUAUAUCAUAAAGGUGCGGUCAUUAGAAGCAGUUGGAAGCUUGUGUCCUGUGGAAAGCGGUCGUGUGCAGUCUGCUAUAAUGACAACUCUUAUUGAACACACCUCACACCAGGACAACAGAGUCAGGACUGCUGCCUUCAAUUCAUUACUGGCUGUGCAAGAUAAGGCAGUGAAGCUUCCUCCAGAAGUAUAUGACAGUGCAUGCCAGGCACUUACUGAUGAUUACCAGUGUGUUCGAGAAGCGGCCCUUCUUCUUGUAAAGGUGGCAGCAGACAGUGAUCCAGAACGAUUAGUCCCCAUCCCUGACAGUGACCACCAUGUGCGCUUAGUUGACAAUGCCUUCUCACAAAUCUGUAAUGUUGUUAAUGACAUUAGCGUAAGAGUGAGAACGCAGGCUGCUUCACUGCUGGGCAACAUGACAAAUGUUUCUGAGAGGUUCUUGCAGCAGACUCUGGACAAGAAGCUCAUGUCCAAUAUGAGAAGGAAAAGGUCAGCUCAUGAACGUGCUCGAGCAAUGGUGUCUUCUGGAGAAUGGUCAUCUGGCAAACGAUGGGCAGAUGAUGCCCCUAAGGAAGAAGUGGAAGCAGAAUCUGUGUCUGUUAUUAAUACUGGUUCUUGUGGAGCUUUUGUACAUGGUUUAGAAGAUGAGUUCUUGGAGGUACGGAAUGCAGCCCUUGAUUCUAUCUGUGCCCUUGCUCUUAAUAAUGAGCAGUUUGCCAACCAGUCCCUUGAUUUUCUUGUUGAUAUGUUCAACGAUGAAAUUGAGGAAGUUCGUCUUAAAGCUAUUCAGGUUUUACAACAAGUAGCUGCUCACAUCACUCUCCGAGCUGACCAGUUAGAAGAGAUUCUUCAUGCCUUAAAAGAUACUUCUUUAGACAUUCGUGAGUGUCUACAUACUUUCUUGGGCACUACCAUUCUCUCAACUAUAGCAUGUGUCAAACUGUGUGUCACAGGAUUGCUUGAUAAUCUCCGCAGAUACCCACAGGACCGACGCAGUAUUCAUCGAUGUCUUCGCCGCCUAGGAUCAAACCAUCCUAUUUUAGUACAAGCUUUAGUGCCUCAGUUGCUUGUCAUACAUCCUUAUUUUGAUGGCGUUGAGCCCAGUGUACAGGAUGGAGAAUACAUUUGUAAGCUCAUACUGGUAUUGAAUGCAGCAGUACACUGCCCUACCAUUUUGCCUCUGCUGGAACAACACACACUUCGUCAUUAUGCAUAUCUUCGUGAUACAAUGCCCCUGCUGGUUCCAGUUCUUAAGCUUGGAGAAGAAUGGCAGCCAAGAGGGGAAACCGUCCCUACAAAUACUCUUAGAUUUCUCAAAGAAUCCAUGGAGAAGGUUGCAUAUUUGGAUCGGUCCUCUACACAGCUACGUCUGACUGUCUACCAGACAGUUCAUUCUGAUUUGGUCAAGCUUGCAGAUAUUGAUCCAGCACUGUCACCGGCUGCUCAUUUUGCUGCUUUGUAUACACAGUGUAUGUUGUUGUUUAGCAAGAUAAUGUCAACAAGAAACUGGCUCAAACCAUCCUCCCUUUCUGUGCAGCAAAGUGGUGCCUUGAAAAGUAAUGUUGAUCAGCUUUUAAAGAAUACUUUUCGAUUACGCCAUGCUUUCACGAACUUAAGUCCAGCAGAGGAGGCCAGUAUCAGACAUCUUCGAGUGCGAACUCUAGCCCUUCAGUUAGUGUACGUUGUACAUGGUUCUACUGGUUCUGCUUUAGGUCUGUGUGAUAAUUUCUUGGAGCACACUGAAGCUCUUCACAGAUAUCUUACCGAUGAAAAAUUAAGUGCCGAUUCCUUCUUGGAAGCUGUGUUUGAAGAAUUGAGCCAGUUGGAAGAACCUCGUCCUGGUGCAGUUGCUCGCAUUCUACAACCACUUCUCCUUACUCAUCCAGUUCCAGCUCUAGCUCCUAUACUUAAUCCUGCACAAGUCUGCAUGUGUUCUGCAGAAAUUAUUGAACCCCAGCCAGAUUCUGAUGCAAUUCAUAAACUAAGUGCAGGAUUAGUGGUUGGAGUACCUCUUGAUGCUGAAAUAUCUCAUAUCCCAGACCCAUCUACAUUACGUAUCCGUGUAGCUUACCCAGAUCACUCCACACACCUUGUAGUUCCUCCUAAAAGUCACCUUCGUUUAGUCAGUUCUGGCACCUAUAGGCUUUUGACUACUGUGUUAGUGUCUGCACAGGUAUCAUGGUCAGAAGCUUGUCACGUGGGACUAUCAUUAGUGCUGGAUCUCAGUGAUCAGGAAGUGCUGGCUGCACGAAGACAUUGUGUUGUUAAAACUGAUGAUUCUGCUACCAUUAUACAACUUGUCAAACCAGUUAAGGUUCUUGUCUGGCCCAAAGCCAUUAGAAAAGGAAUAUAAAAACCAGUAUAUGAAUCAUUGUAUGUUUAAAAUUGUUCAUUUUGUCAUAUAUUCAAUAUUCUUUCAACAAACCAGCCGUAUCCCACCGAGGCAGGGUGGCCCAAAAAGAAAAACAAAAGUUUCUCUUUUUAAAUUUAGUAAUUUAUACAGAAGGGGUUACUAGCCCCUUGCUCCCAGCAUUUUAGUCGCCUCUUACAACACGCAUGGCUUACUGAGGAAGAAUUCUGUUCCACUUCCCCAUGGAGAUAAGAAGAAAUAAACAAGAACAAGAACUAGAAAGAAAAUAGAAAACUCAGAGGGGUGUAUGUAUAUAUGUGCUUGUACAUGUAUGUGUAGUGUGACCUAAGUGUACCAACCUACUACCUAGGAUAUUCAAUAAUAUUAAGUUAAAAAGAGUUUGAGGUUAGGAGAUGUGUUGACAGUACUGGAUUAUAAUGCAAUGUUUUAAGGUAUGAAAAACUACUGUCUGUGGAAGGUUUCAUGAAUUAUUUAGGAAUAGCAAGUUGUCAGAAGACCUUUUAUGCUAGUAAAUGGACUGUUAUCAUUUUUUUUUGCCCGGUUCGUCAUCUGUACCUUGUGUGUACCUGCACUCGCUCAUGGUCUCCAUCAAUUUUACAUCCUCAGUUUCAAGUUGGCGGUCUGAUAAGGAACAGUCAACAUAGGGAGGUUGCAGAUAGGAAGUACUUAGGUUUGUCAGCUGUUGGGUAGUUAACAGUGGAAUCAACUCAUCUACUAGCUCUAGAAGUAGAAGGCUGAGUGAUGACUUUAUAAAACACUAGAGGUAUUUCUAGACUUGUAUAAUACUAUCAUGUCGCUAAGCAAUGUAAGAGGUCAUUUAAGUGUUAUACAUAAACAACAAUAGUGUCCUCUUGAUUCCAUAUCACAAUUUCUGCUGUUUCAGCUAAACACGCUGAAAUUUUUUUCCUCUUAAGCACAACUUAGUGCCAUAUCUGUCACCAUCUUCUGGCUUGGAGUGGUAACAAAAUCAGAUAGUGUUUUCUAUGUGAUGCCUUCUGUACUAAAUUGGGUAGUCAGCUGAAGCUUGGGGCUUGCACAGUAUAUGAUGUAGAGAAAAUACAGUAAUGCAGGUCCAUUACCAUAAUGUAUGUACUGAUAUGAUAGGUCUGUUGGCAGGUUGUUUGCCUAGAUGGCUUCUCAUGGGAGGUGACUUAAUGCUAGUGGGGGGCUUGUGAUCCAGGAAACUGAACUUCUCCUCCCUUCCUUGGGCUGAACCUAAAUGCUUUCCAUUCUUCAGGUGCUAUAUGACCCAUAUGGGUUUAACACUUUUCCCUGAUUAAAGUAAACCACACAUGCCUAGAUGGUUCAUGGAACUUGAACAGAAUUGACUUUACCAGUCCUUUAAUGUUCUUUAUUUUUUGAAAGGAAUUCUUGAUAUGUCCUUAAAAAAAAAAAAUUAGAUGGGGUUUUUUGAACUGUUCCAUAGAUGUGUAAUUUCUGUGAUAAUAUAUUUUUUAAAUCUCUUGAUAUAAAUAGCUUAAAGAAACCAUUUAUAUGAAUAUCUUAGAAAUGUAUAUUUUAAGUUAGUAAUUAUGCAUAAUAAAAUUUUAAACCAGUUCUAUAAUGUGAAAUCUAACCACAAAUAAUUUGAGCUGAGGUACAGUUUGGUACAGCACUCAACCUGAAAUUAUCAACACUUAGAAGCAUUCUGUUAUGUAGACCUUUUAUAUUUACCAAUAUGUGAUGAUGUCAUUGUUGAGUACGUAUCAUCUAGCCCAGUAAUACAUAUAUACAACAUUUAUCACUUUUUUGUGUGUGUGUGUUUAGGGCUGACCCUUGUGGGUUUAGUGCUUAGUUAUGAUUAUAAUAAUAAUUUGUUUAGGGCUGAAUGAACAAUAUUGGUUUAGGGCUUUUGGUGAACACUGAAUAAUAAUAAUUACAUUUACUGUAACUAUUAAACUAUGUAUUACCAGAAAGUGAACUAUUUCAUAUUCAAAUUGGAGACUGCUAUAUGAGGCAAAUAAUUUUAACAUGCAGGAAGAGAUAAGUAUUAUAUGUAUAUUAGGCAGAUAACUUCAAUGUCCAAUAAGUGAUAAGGGCUACAUGAAGCAGAUGACUUCAAUAUCCAGUAAGUGAUAAGGGCUACGUGAAGCAGAUGACAUCAAUAUCUAGUAAGAGAUAAGGGCUACAUGAAGCAGAUGACCUCAACAUCCAGUAAGUGAUAAGGGAUACAUGAAGGAGAACGUCACCUUCUAGUGAGAGAGAAGUGUUCCUUGAAGUAGCUGACUCUUCAACAUCCAGUAAGAGGUAAGUAGUAUAUGAUUCCUCAUUUCUUGAAUUUCAGUUCGUUCUUUGCUAUACUGUACUGUACUGCAGCCUAUGUAUUUGGACAAUUAUUAUUAUUAUUAUAAUAAAAAAGAAGCACUAAGCCACAAGGGCUAUACAGCAUGUAUUUGGACAAGUGGUAUACAAUUUGUUCUUUGCUUUCUCCUUCAAGUCCCUUUAAUUGCCAAGCAAUCCUUAAUUUUGUCUUUACGUAUGCUACUGCUUUUAUUAGUGAUUUUUACUUUCCAUACCUUGAAUACUGAUAUUCCAACAUGUCUAGACCUUCCCAGUCAUACUCUCUUGUGUACAGAUCUCUAUUUAUUCCUCUUCCAUAGUAUUGAUAGAAAUUGUUUCUUUGUUCUUAUUCCCAGUCUUACACCCAACCUCGCUGAUCCCAGUAGCAAUUUAAUCCUUUGGUGUCAGUCCCAUAGUACUGUGCCAUGAGUUCAACUCAUAUAAGCUGUGAGCGGUAAAUUUGGGCCUAGGUAUGAGAGAAUGGGUCUAUGCGGUAAGUGUGCACCAUAUAAAAAAAUAAUCCUGCAGCACACAGUACAUGAGGAAAAAAGCUGCAACCAUAGUUUUGGUUUAAAUUAUAAUAAAAAAUGAAGUGCUAAAUUUUGAUUUAAAACAGUGACUUUGUGGUGUAUUCCCAUAUGAUUAUAUUCUCAGUUUCUUGGUCCUGUUUGACCUCUUCAAGGGGGGCUCCUUGGCAUGGUGAAGAGGCUCUUGGUCUGAGGAAUUAGCCCUGUCGGUCUUCUUCCUCAGACCAAACCUAAUUACCCCCCAUUCUCCCCUCCCCUAUCCCAUCCUCCCCUUUUUCCAUUCCUCCUCCUCCUCCCCACCCCUCCCUUUUGCCCUUCCUCUUUUUGGCCUUUGGGAUUUCUCCCACAGGCGCGCUAGUUCCUAGGUAGGGGAAAGGACACCGGGGUCCAUCCCAUUCCGUUGAGGUUCUUGGUGGUGGCGUAGUUUGCCGUGGAAUCUGGAUUGCCUGGGGAUGUCCUGAUCCCUCUCCUGUAUCCCGGAGUAGCUUUGGGUGUCUUUCGGGCGACGGGUGUAUCUCUGGAAGCCACCUUUCGGAUUCCGGGGGUGGUGGCCGAA